AUGAGCAGGAAGAAGGUCCGGGCCUGCAUUGGGAGGGACAUUGGCGACAAGGCUCAGACCUGCUCUGGGGCCCCUCCCAAUCUGUUCCUCCUCCUUGCAAGACUCCACGUGAUCCAAGAUCUGGUAAUUGAGGAGCCAAGGACAGGUCUACGACAAGUGAAGCACUCAAAGUCAGGAAAGUCACUGACCCAGUCCCUGUGGCUCAACAACAAUGUCCUCAACGACCUGGAAGACUUCAGCCAGGUGGUUACACAGCUUCUGCAGCACCCAGAGAACCUGGUCUGGAUCGACCUCUCCUUCAAUGACCUGACUUCCAUUGACCCUGUCCUAACAACAUUCUUCAACCUAAGUGUCCUCUACCUUCAUGGCAACAGCAUCCAUCACCUAGGGGAGGUGAACAAGCUAUCUGUCUUCCCUCGUCUCCGGAGCCUGACUCUCCAUGGGAACCCCAUUGAGGAAGAAAAGGGGUAUAGGCAGUAUGUGCUAUGCAACCUGCCCCGUAUCACCACGUUCGACUUCAGUGGAAUCACCAAGGCAGACCUCACCACAGCCGAAGUCUGGAAAUGCAUGAACAUCAAGCCCAAGAAGGUCCAGAUCAAGCAAGAUGUACUCUGAAAUUCACAGGACCCCAGCACACCUAAU